AUGGAACGGUCAACCGUGAAAUCACAUGCUAGUCACUUGACCACCGGUUCAACAAACAUUGACCACCGGCCAAUACAUGGCACUGGUGAUAUUCCCGGUGGUAACCGAGAACUUGCCAGCAAUGACACUGGCCGGCAAUAUUCCGCCAGCAGUGACAGUGGGGCAAAAGUGGAGCCAUCGGGUUUGUCAUCGGAGUUCACAACGCCGGCAGUCAGCUUUAACACUGAAGGUCCAAGAGCACGCUCUUUUGGCUCUAUUCAUCGUCGAUGUGGAGGGGAGAGGAUUACAUUCAUCCUGAUGACGAAGUCUCUGAAAUUCCGGAAUACGGUGGACUACUUUGAUGAAGUUAAGACUAAGGACCUUAAGCUUGAAGAGGACCUAAACAAACGUCCAGCAUAUUUAGAUGAAGGUGAAGAGAGUGAUGCAGAUGAUGAAGAUUAUGAACCAGAGAGUGAUUACAGCUUGUCUGAUUCUGAUUAUGAAAGUAGCUGCAAAUAUGCCAAUGAGUCCAUGCGUACUUCCUGCUGGGCAAGUUUGAGGAAGCCAUCUGAGUUUGUGCCUUAUGCACAUGUACCUGAGACUGGAGAUUCAAAAUCUGACCAGGCUUCUUGUGAUGAAUUGCAUGAGGAGGACCAAGUAGAAGUUAAAAGGAGGGGUACUCACUUCAAAAAAAAUGAUACUGAAGUUGUCCAUGCACGGUGUGUUGAGGGUUGCAACUGGGAAGUGUAUGGGGCUAGAGUCUCAAAAGAGGAUCCAACAUUUGAGAUCAGAACUCUUAAUGAUAAACAUACUUGUGACAAGAUUUGGGAGAAGAAUAGGAACUGCAACUCCAACAUCGUUUCAGAUUGGUAUCUUGCUGAUUUUGCACAUGAUCCAAGAAUGAGUGUGGAAACUCUGCAAUUUAGAGUUCUCAAUGAGAAGAAGAUUACUAUUUCCAGAACACAAGCUUACAAGGCCAAGAUACAGGCUCUCGAAAAGGGCUUGUUGCCAGCUAUUAAGUCCAAACUUCCAGCAGUUUCGCACAGGCAUUGUGUGCAUCAAUUGUGGUCAAACUUCAAAAAGGAGCACCUUGGACUUCUUCUGAAACAAAAAAUUUUUGAAAUAGCGAAAUCAAGUUAUGUAGAAGAGCAUGAGGAGCUGAUGGCAGCUUUAAAAGAUCAUGAUGAAGCUGCUUGGAGCCUGUUGGGGAAGGAGAUACCAACAAUCCUCAGCCGGCAAAACAAAAAAGGAGGGGUAGGCCACCAACAACACACUCAAAGUCAAAAUACUAGUGUGGUGCAAUGUGACCAUUGCCGCUUGCUUAACCACACAAUCGCAGAUUGUCCAAUUCGUGAUGCUGAAAACUGGCUUCAUGAUGAUGAGGUCUUGGAAGAGAUUUUCAAUACCCCUGGUGCACCAGAUAAUUAUAUACCUAGUGGAUAUUCAUCACCUGACGAUGGAUACAUGCAUGAGGGAUGUCGUCGUUGCAGAAGCAAUACUCAUGAUGAUGACAACUGUCCCACUCUUGAUUUCAAAUGUGACCGCUACAAUUACUUUGGACAUCUCAGAAAUAAUUGCCCUUUAUCAGAGGAGGAACUGACUUCAACACUUCGUCCAUCUAGUUCUGCUGACCCAGCUGCACCAUUCAUUGUUCAAAAUCAUGAUGUGGCAGAACAAAACAAUACAGAUGUGGCUUCAACACUUCGUCCAUCUAGUUCUGCUGACCCAGCUGCACCAUUCAUUGUUCAAAAUCAUGAUGUGGCAGAACCAAAUAAUACAAAAGACAGUUUGUCAAGCAAUCAGCAGCAGCACCAAAAUGAUUCCAAUCAAACUCCAAGUGCUGAUGAAAGAAGUUGUAAUCUCCCUACAGCCGUAACCUUACUGGCUGCCAACAAAGCCAUCAAAAACCGCAAAAAAUCAGCCCCUUCAACACCAAAGAGAACAAGUGCAAGGCUAGAUGCUGUUAAGGUAAGGUUUGAUGCUGAUGGUCAUGGCAGUAGUCCUAAAAAGGCAAUUCAGAUAUUAGGUGAGGAAGCUGUGGAAACAUCCGUCGGGAGGAAAAGGGCCAAAACCUUCCAUGGUGCAAAUCCUCGCAAAAGUACUUUAUUCACUCAUUGCAUCUAA